AGAUUACUUGGUAAAACUUGUAGUCAGUUACCGAUUCUAGGAUGAAAACUGUAGUUAUCCCUCACAAUCUUCAACUGAAAACUCAUCUUGUAUUCUCUGGUGUGUGUGAGUGUGUGUGCUGCGUGAUGCAGCCGGGGCAGAUGCUGGAGGCUCCAGGGUUCAGACAGAGACUGCUGGAGGCGUUGAGACGGGGCAGACGACAGCAGUACUGCCUCCCGCACACACAUGUCUCACCCUCCCCACACACGCAUGUCCCUCGGGGCCACUGCCUCCUGCACACGCGUGUCCCACCCUCCCCACACACAUCCUUCUGCAGAGGAGAGGACGACAGCGAGCUGCUCUCUUUCGUCACCGCCUCCUCCUUCGCUCUGCUCUCCUCCUCCUCAUCAUCCUCCGAGAGCGAGAGCACGUCGAGUGUCCGCUCGCGCAGACGCAAACGCAGACCGUGGAGCCGUCAUGGCGUGAGAGAGCCACUCAUCAUGGGAAAUCAGGACGGGAAGCUGAAGCGCUCGGAAGCGGGAGGCGCGGCGGAUGAGAGCGCAGCUCACGACGGCACAAAGAAAGGAUUCCACGGCAAGAAAUCACACGGGAAGGGAGGGGAGGGAGGGAAGAAGAAAAACAAAUCCGACAGAUCCUCGGUGUUUCCUCACAUACGGAAGCGCAAGAACCAGAGCAAGGCGAAGGGCUUCCUGAGCGGAUCCAAAGAGGAUGCGUUGGACGAGCUGGAUAAUAAGACGCCCGAUCUCUCUGGAGAUGAGCUCGGACAUUCGGAGAGCAGACAGAACACGCUGGACAGCCAGGAGGAGGAGAAGAAGGUGGCGAGCUCCGGAUCCGACACGGACAUGUACAGCUUCCACUCGGCCGCCGAGCAGGAGGAUUUGCUGGCAGACAUCCAGCAGGCCAUCCGUCUGAAGCAGGGCGUGAUGCUCACGGCCCCCGGCGAGGUUCCCUGGGACUGUAAACAAUCCCAAAACACCCCCACCCCCGACUCAGAGCCCUUCACCGUGCUCGAAGCCUUUCCUAAACCAGAAAACGGGCUUGUUAGUGCACCGCGCCUCCCUGAGGAGGACGAGCCGGCUGUGAAUGGGCUCCCAGAAGAGGCCCUUUGUGCUCCGGUCACAAAAGAGCCUGAGGCCCCUCCUCCUCCUCCUCCAGUGGUUGCUGUGACGACCAGCACCACCAGCUUCCCUGACCUCACCGCUUCAUUCGAGAGCGCCGUGGAGGCCGUGGAAGAAGAUGCUGAUGUUCCCAGCACAGAUACGGUGUCUGAGGCCGACGGGCUCGGGUCCACGGGCUCUCUGGAGUGUGUCACCGUCAUCGAGCCGCCCGAAGAGCCUGUCGCACUCCUCCAGAGGCGCAAGAGCAGCGUGUCGAUCCCGCAGGAGAGUCCUCUGGCCACACGGCGGAUGAAGACUGCGGUCAAGCCGUACCCGGCCAUCAACACGUCCUACAUCAAAACCACCACGAGGCAGCUGAGCUCGCCCUCCUGCUCGCCCGGGCCCUCGCCGGCCCUCAGCCCGCUCUUCACCCGCCGGGGCCCGGACCGGCCCGAGAGGAGACGGGUCAAGCGUCAGCGCUCCUACAGCAUCACCGGACCCAUCAGCCGCUCCGCAGACUGGACCGAGGAGCUCCGACCGCUCCCGCCGAAAGCGGCCGGGUCAGAUGACUUCCUGGAGUACGGCGGCUCGGAGGGGACACUCAGGACGGGCACACAGCGGGGCUCUGUGACUCACGAGGUCUUCACAGGCCGGACGCUGUUGGAGCGCUUCUUCCAGCAGCAGGACUCUGGAGAGCCGGAGGAGGCGGAGAAGCUGUGCUCCAGGAUCCUGGCCAUGGGUCUCCUGCUGCCCUUCAGCGACUGCUUCAGAGACCCCUACAGCAGCAGACCACAGAUCGCUCCCAAGUUUGACCACGAUCAGCUGUACACCUGGGCAGCCGUCAGUCAGCCUCCUCCGUCUCUGGAGCGUCUGGAGGGACGUCUGCCAGAACACCUGAAGAACCUGUGGCCCCUGACCAGACCAGGAGCCGAGGACGGGCCCCGACCCAAAUACACCGAGGAUGCGGUUGAGGAGCAGGAGGAGCAUCAGGCCAUCGUCUCGGACCUUAAGAAACAACAGGAGGAAGAAAUCCGGCACAUUCAGGAGGAGUCGGUGAUAAAGACAGUGCAUCUGAAGCAGGAGCACGUCUGCGUGAUCGAGCAGCUGGAGCAGACCAUCGAAGACCUGCGCUGUAAGAUCGCGGAGCUGGAGAAACAGCAGCCUCUGCUGGAGCAGGAGGUGCAGACACAAGACCAGGAGUGUGGAGGAGAGGAGCGUCUCCUCCCAGACGUCUGCCAUGUGGACCUGCAGACAGAAAUCACUGCGCUGCUGCCCCUGGAGGCCAAAUCAGUGCAGACGUCUCCUAUGGACGAGAGCUUUAGGUUUAAAGUGCCUCCUGUGGAGGUGCAGGGGCCUGGGAGGAGUGACUCCUCACUGCCAUCAGAAACUGAGACUGUUUCUCAAGCGUUUGUGUGCAUGUGUCAGCAGCAGCCGGCUUCAGUGCCUCCUCCUCUAUCCGGGAUGUGUGCACCUCCUCCUCCACCUCCGCUUCCAGGAAUGAGCGCUCUUCCUGCACCUCCUCCUCUCCCAGGCAGUUCAUUUGCUCCUCCUCCGCCACCGCCUCCUCUCCCGGGAAUGGGUGCACCUCCUCCUCCACCUCCUCUCCCAGGCAAUUCAUUUGCUCCUCCUCCGCCACCGCCUCCUCUCCCGGGAAUGGGUGCACCUCCUCCUCCACCUCCUCUCCCGGGAAUGGGUGCACCUCCUCCGCCGCCUCCUCUCCCGGGAAUGGGUGCACCUCCUCCUCCACCUCCUCUCCCGGGAAUGGGUGCACCUCCUCCUCCACCUCCUCUCCCGGGAAUGGGUGCACCUCCUCCUCCACCACCUCUCCCGGGAAUGGGUGCACCUCCUCCGCCGCCUCCUCUCCCGGGAAUGGGUGCACCUCCUCCUCCACCUCCUCUCCCGGGAAUGGGUGCACCUCCUCCUCCACCUCCUCUCCCGGGAAUGGGUGCACCUCCGCCGCCUCCUCUCCCGGGAAUGGGUGCACCUCCUCUUCCAGGUGUAUUUGCACCUCCUCCUCCUCCAGGUCCUCCCCUGACCUUCGGUCUGGGUUCUCUGCCGCCUCCGCUCCCGAUGGGUCUGUACGCGUUAGGAGCACCGCAGGAGAAACCUCCUCGUAAAAGCCUGGUGGAGCCGCCGAGACCCAUGAAACCGCUGUACUGGACUCGUAUUCAGCUGCACACCAAAAAGGAUUCUCAUUCUGUCGUUUGGGAGAAGAUCGAGGAGCCAUCCGUGGAUUUUGAUGAGUUUGUCGAACUCUUCUCCAAGACAGCAGUGAAAGAGAAGAAGAAGCCUCUCUCAGACACCAUCAGCAGGUCAAAGACCAAGCAGGUGGUGAAGCUGCUGAACACCAAGCGUUCUCAGGCCGUGGGGAUCCUGAUGUCCAGUUUACAUCUCGACAUGAAGGACAUUCAGCACGCGAUCCUGAAUCUGGAUAACACUGUGGUUGAUCUGGAGACGUUACAGGCGCUCUACGAGAACAGAGCCCAGCAUGACGAGCUGGAGAAAAUCGAGAAACACGUCAAAUCCUCAAAAGACAAAGAAGGAAACAAACCUCUGGACAAACCUGAACAGUUCCUCCAUCAGCUCUCCCAGAUUCCUAAUUUCUCCGGACGAGUCUUCUGUAUCCUCUUUCAGUCGACCUUCACUGAAUGCAUCUCGUCUGUUCAGCGCAAACUCCAGAUCCUGCAGAGAGUCUGUAAGGCUCUUCAGAGCGGUUCUGGAGUGCUGAAGGUUCUCGGAUUAGUUCUGGCCUUCGGGAACUUCAUGAACGGAGGGAAUCGCACCAGAGGACAGGCGGAUGGCUUCACGCUGGACAUUCUGCCCAAACUCAAGGAUGUCAAGAGCAGCGACAACAGUAAGAGUCUGAUGUCGUAUAUCGUCGCUUACUACCUGAGACACUUUGAUGAGGACGCCGGCAGGGAGACGUGUGUGUUUCCUCUCCCAGAACCUCACGAUCUGUUUCAGGCUUCUCAGAUGAAGUUUGAAGACCUGACUAAAGAUCUGCUGCGACUCCGGAAAGAUCUGAGAGCAUGCACUGCGGAGGUGGAGAAGGUGUGCUCGGUCUCGACUGAAGAGCAUCUGCAGCCGUUUAAAGACAGGAUGGAGGUGUUUGUGAUUGAAGCAAAAACGGAGCUGGAAAGUCAAGAGAAGCAGCUUAGUGAAACCCACAAAAUGUUCCUGGAGCUCUGCGUCUUCUUCUCGGUGAAGGCCAAGAGCGGAGAGAAAGAGGUUUCUCCCAACACCUUCUUCACCGUCUGGCACGAGUUCUCCACAGACUUUAAAGACACUUGGAAGAAGGAGAACAAGAUCAUUCUGCAGGAGAGGCUGAAGGCGGCGGAGGAGUGUUUUCGGCAGGUCAAAGAAAAAGCCACAUACAGCGUCAAACCCAAACACGCGUCUGGAAUCAAAGCAAAGCUGGGCAUGAAGAUCUGAGGCGGGUGUGGACUGACGGACGGACGCUCUCGUGCCGUUUCAUCUGUAAAUCGCUCUCGCAGCAGCUUCAGUGUUAUCUGCCAUCUGCCGUACCACACAGGAAGUGAUCCGCCGUCUAAAUGUGAUGUCACAUUCUGUGUUCAGACGGAUGAACAUAUCAGACGUUUGCUCCACCGUACAUACUGGAGGACUGAAGCAAUAUCAUCAAAAAAGGUUGUUUUAUUUUUAACAGAUCUGAAAAGGAUAGAGAAUCAGGAUUUCCGAUGCAUUUUCAUUGUAAGCACCGGAAUCAUAUGACGCUUUUAAACCAACACUAGUUAGUGCAGUUUAGUCCUGUAGUCUUCAGCUGAGUGAACAUGUUCAAAGCACACUCCAGUCCUACAGGACCUGAAAGAGACACUCCAGUAUGUACAGUAUGAAUCAGAUCAGACAGCGGCGAACGAUCAGGAAUCUACUCAGUGUUUUUGUGAAAUUAUGCAAGAUUGUUUUCUGGUUUUGCUGCAUCCACACAUUCACUCACUCACCCACUCACUUGAUGUAUUUAAGAGGAUGUUUUUUAAAUUAAUAUAAAUAAUAUUAACAUCUUUAUGUAACAUUAGUUUGUUUUUAGCAUGUGCGUGUCGGAGGUGUGGAUGGAUGUCUGCGCUCCAUGUGCAAUAACUGUUUGUAUCUGAACGUUUUGAGAAGAGUGUAAUUUAUGUAAAAUAAAGGGAUUAAUAAAUUCAGACAUUUUAAUUUA